AUGGGUUCCUUGGAGAGAACAUGUCUUUUGUCUCGUAAACCUCCUUUAUUAAUCAUCAUUAUUAUCACUAAUCCUAUUUUUAUUCCAUUCACAGCGAAGAAGAAGAAGCAAAAGAGUUCGUUAUAUAGAGAGAUAAAACAACCUCAGAUAAGAGCAAACCAUAGAAGAAAAUGUCUUAUCAAGAUCAACACCAUCCCGUUGGUGCUCCUCCUCCUCAAGGGUACCCUCCUAAGGAAGGUUAUCCACCACAAGGAUAUCCUCCCGCAGGAUAUCCUCAAGGGGGAUAUCCACCGGCUGGUUAUCCUCCACCGGGUCAGGGAUAUCCAGCACAAGGCUAUCCUCCACCGCAAUAUCCUCAAGGUCCUCCACCGCAGUAUCCUUAUCAAGGUCCUCCACCGCCCCACUAUGGUCAGGAUCAACAUAAGAAGAAGAAAGACAAGGAUUCAGGCUUUAUGGAAGGAUGUUUGGCUAUGCUCUGUUGUUGCUGUCUCUUGGAAGCUUGCUUUUGAUCGGAGGAUGAUAAGCCGGUGACGGUCUUGAGGAUGCCAUUGUAUUUUCCCAUAAUAUAAAAUGUUAAAAAUAUGUGUUUGAUCAACAUUUUAGAUCUCUUCUUCUUCUGGUUAUGUGUGUCCACGUUUUGGGUUUGUUUCUCUCCUUUAUUUUUAUUUUUUUUGUUAUGAAUAUGAAUUUGACUUGAGGUCUUGUUUAUUUUUAUGACUACUGAUUGAAUCAGGGUAUGUGCAGCCCAUCUUUUGUAUAUGUAAAAAGUGUGUUGUCACUUUUGUAUCUAAGCCAUUCCUUUUUUUC